AUGGCUGGAGUCAAGUACAUGAUCAAAAAAAUAAUGGAAGAUGCUAGGUGCAGUCUUAUGUCCCAAUGGCCUCUUAAUUUGCUUUGGGGUAGAAAGCCCUUAAAAAUGGAGACAAAGCAUCCAAGCCUUAUCGAGGCAAGAAGGUAUGAAGAACGCAAGCUUCCUUCCAUAAGAGACAUUUAUACAGGAUCCGACCAGACGUAUGCAGUUCAGAAGAUGAUGGUGAAAAGAAGAGAAAUAGGUAUCCCGAAAAUUGAGUACAAGAGAUGUGGCAUACUACCUGUCAUGAGUGCGCUAUGGUUUACGAAUGGCAAGAACCUUGUGAUCUGGAGGUAUGAAAGUAAUGAAGAGGAGGAGAUAGGGACAUUUUCAUCUGAAGUACUGGAGGUAAUAAUAUUUACUCCCAAGGCCGGGAUUUUCAACGAGAGAAUAUCGCACUGUUUAUUUAUUGCAACUGAGAAGCAGGUGAUGAUCUACGGGAUUGAGAAGGACACCCUUUGCUUGGUUAAUACCGAUUUCGUGGCGUCUUCUCCAAGCUGUGUGAGAUGUGCUGAGGCCUCAAAUGGAGAUGUAUUUAUAGGGUGUGAGAAUGGAAAGGUGUAUCAGAUUGUCUACAAGAGCGUUGACUCCUGGUCUUUCAAGAUUAUGCAUGCUUAUGACCCGAGCUCGUCGAUUCUAUCAAGCCUAGUUCCAUCUGUUCUGAAACGGAAGAGGUCGGCAGUUAGAGCUCUGAGCUUAGGAAAAAGGUUUAUGGUCUGCCUCGACAGAAAUGCCAUUAUAUACAACAUUGAGGGAGGAAUGUACAAGGUAACAGAGGUUGUGUUGUGCAGGGAGUAUGCUGAUGUACAGAUAGUCGAUGAAAUGGAGGAUUCAGUGUUUUUCUAUCUAAUACAAAGGGAUGGGUCAAGGGACUUCUAUGAAAAUUCUAGACUUGUGAUGACAAAGAGAUCUCCAAACAUUGGGGAUAUGACUGAGAUCAAGGAAAUGAAGGUGCAUACAUCAAAUAGAAGGCUUUGCAUGGCGCGGAAUGGGCGAUAUGAUGGAAGCAUUGUAACAGUGAUCUCUUUGAACGAAGACCAGAUUUACAACUUCGAUAAGCUAAAGAGCUCUGAGAGCUAUGAGGUUGUUGUUAUGAAAAGUGAUAUAGAGCUUAUUGGGAUUGAUGGCAGGACUAUUCUCUUCCUGGGAAAUAAAAGGAUCUUUAUAUAUGAGAUCCAGACUAUUGAGAAGUUCCUUUUGAAUUGUAGGUCUGAGGAGAUCUUUAGUAUGUACAAGAGCUAUGGAGAAAGGGAGAUGCUGGUGAUAUACUACGAGCUCCUUGCAAGUAAUGAGGAUGUGGGAAGGCUGGAGUAUCUUUGCUUGAAGAAUGAAGAUUCUCAGGCUUCUGCAUUAUUCCUAUAUCUAUACAGAUUGAUAAGACCUAUUUUAAGCAUUCCAUUUGAGGAUAUUCUGAACGGAGAGAGGAACAUAUAUCUUGAGAGGAUCCAGAGCAAGAUGAAGAACAUAAGAGGAAAGAUCAAGGCCAGACAUCUGAAAGAAGGAUAUGACUUUAUAGAUGAGUUUCUGCAGACAUGCUUCUAUAUGAAUGUGCUGUAUGAAUACUCUGUGAAUCUAGAGGGAAGAUCAUUGGAAUAUGUUCUUCUCGAAGACAGUGAGGAAUUCAAGAAAAGGACUCUUAAGUCAAUCCUUGAGAUGUUCAAGGUAAACCAGAGUGUUGAGCCUCUCAUAAAGACACUCAGCGCCCGAUGUCCUUUGUUCCUUCCCAUGGAGGAGGUUUACUAUCAAAGAGGGCUUGAGAUGUUGAACAAGAGACCUUCAAGGGAGGUGCUAUUUGAGUCGCUGAACAACCUUAAGAAUGUUCAGUACAACGAGGGACUCAUUGCAAAAUACAACGAGUUUGGAUUCUAUUAUGGAAGUACAACGCUUAUCAGAGAGAACUUCAAUUUCGACUUUGAAUAUGGAGUUGAGAUUCUGAAGAAGAGUAUUAGAUGUGCUGGCGCACUGAACCUUGCAUUGGAGGAUCCAAGAGAGGAUUUCCUAUACGCACUGUUUGAAGCAUUGAUCGAUAUUUUGAAGGAGAAUGAGUUUGGAAAGGAGUGUAGCUGCUGCGAUAAACCUGGAGCUAUGGUUCUCAAUGAUAUAGUUAAGAUAUCUGUGCCGUUUCUUGAAAGGUUUCUAAAAGAAAAGGCUAUGUCAUCGAGUGAUCCCAGGAUAUUUGAACUUCACUGGAAGUACUGUGUCUACAGAAAUGAUAAGAUGAAGGGAACACAAUCUCUGUUGGAGUUGGCUGAUAACAAACCUGUACCUUUGGAAACAAAGAUCGAUCUUCUGAGAACAGCCUUGAGCGUGUCGGUCAAUACGCCUUUGUUCAACGAGGUCAAACUCCGAUUAGAGCUUGCAGAUAUACAAGUCGAUAUUUUGAAGAGAGGCCGGAUUGAUCCAACAAUAAGCAACAAUCUCUUAUCUGCAGACGAGCUAUUCAAUGAUUAUGCGUACAAGUAUCCUGAGUUGGCUCUUAAGAUCAUUGGAAUAUCUAGCUAUACAGACAAGGCUGUGAUAAGGGAGUUAUGGGAGGAGGGGAUGAGCGGAGACUUUGAUUCAGCAGUAGGAUUUCUGGGGACUGUUAAGGCUUCUGGGCCUGCAAUGGACUGUAACAUAGUUGGGGACAUUCUAUGCUCCAAAAUGACCAAGGGAAAGAGGCUGGGAAAAGCACUGGCAAACGCUGGGUUCAGCUACCUUGAAGUUAUAAGUUUCCUAGAGGAGAAGAUCAAAGGGGAAGACUAUAAUCAUCCUGAGAUGAAGAAGAUGCUCUUAAACGACCUCAAAGAGUUUUCCAAUAACAAUGAGUUCUAUCUCAAGAUUGAAGAAUAUUGCCGGAAGAAGUAUGGAAUCUAG